AUGACGCUCAAAAAGAAAGUCGUGGGCGAGCGCAGUCGCAGUUACGAUACAUUUGAGGAGUCUUCGAGCAGCGCUGUCCAAAAUAACCCAUCGUCAUCUCAGAAGCCCGACAAGAGUAAGCUUGCUGGUGAGGAAGCACAGAAUCUUGCUACUUCCCAAUCAUUCUGGCGGGACGAGGACGAAACUUUACCACGCCAACCCACGAGUUCGAGACCCGGAAGGAUGGGUCACCCAGCAGAGCUUGAAGCCAGAGGUCCCUACCAAGAUGACCCAAAUGAUCCGCCCCCAAUCUACACGCCAUCAGACUCUGUAGCAACACCACUGACACCGUCGUCACCCGUCGCUGCACGAGCACAACCUCAUCCUCAAUCACAGCCACAAGUAGGUGAUCCAUCAUCUCCUACAAGCCCCACACACCCAACCACACCCUACGAGGACUCGCCUCGCCCAUCAACGGAAGAGAACGAGUCCUACGCCCGCUCUACGCUCCUCGAGCUAGCGCAACAACGAUCGAACCGCCAUCCUCGCCGACGCGGUUGUGGCGGUCCACUCAAUGCCCUAUCGGAGCACCGCAAAGACCGCGAACGCCGCCGCUUCCGCAAGAUAUGCUGGUUCACACUCGCCUUGAGCCUGUGCUUAUGGUUCAUGAUCCCGGGAAUGCUGAGCGGCAAAGCACACACCCACACCCCCGGCUGGUGGCACCAACACAACGACUCCUCCCGCAACCCGAUCCCCUCCUCCUCCCCCAACAACCCUCUCCCCGGCCUCAACCGCGAAUACCACCAACACGAAACGUCGCAAUCAAUCACAGGCUCUUUCCCGCUGUAUGACGUCCUCGACCUCUCCACCACCUCGGGGUCGAUCAUCAUCGACGUUGAGCCACACCCUGGCCCGAACCCUGCGGUAAUGAAAUUGAGUACGCGCAGUGGGAGUAUUAGGGUUAGGAUGGGAAGCGGGAUUGUGCCGUGGCUGCCGAGCAGUGAUGCUACCAACCGCACGUUCCAAAGCACCCUGGAAACGACAUCGGGAUCCGUGAGUGGGAGUCUGUUGGCGGGGAAUGGUGGGACGACCGCCAUCGAGACGCAGUCGGGCUCCCUCUCCCUCACCAUCCACGCGCUCGACUCCGGAGGUCCGAAGGGCAGCACGUCGAAAUUGUCUACGACGACGCAGUCGGGCAGUCAGAAUAUCAAAGUCUCGUCCUCGUCGACAGAAGAUCUGAAGAAUUGGGAAGCGGAGCAUGUGGUCAGGGGGAGUGGGAGUAUGGGGUUGAGUUAUCCGAGGCGGUGGGUGGGCAGGUUGGAGAUGCGGAGUAUGGGGAGUGGGAGUUUGAGUGCCAGGGGCUCGGGGCUUGUGCUUGAGAGGGGAGGGAGUAAGGAGGUUAGUGGGUGGAGGGGGGAUCGUGAGGGGAGGGUUGUCGCUGUGGAGGCGCAGGGGAGUGGUAGUGUGAGGUUUUUGUGCUGA